AUCCUAUUCACCACCCCGUCUACCUAUCUACCCAGUAAAGCUGCGCAGCCUUCAUGAGCGAGCUGCAAAAAUCCUUUGCCAAGUCCAGACUGGCCAAGCUGCCUCUCCAACCGCCAACCGGGCCGUCCAUGCAACCCCUCGACGAGGAGGUCAGUCACGACGAUGACUCUUCCUCGACCUCGUCCACAGGGACAAUAGUCCCCUCACCCAGCAGACAACUGUUUGCAAGGCCAGGACGCGGAUCCGUCCAACAAACAACCCUUCCCUGGACAGACUACUUCACCCAGGAGCACUAUCUCACACAAAUAGACACAUCCAACAACACCAAGAUCACUCACCAUGUCUACCUCACACCACCAGCAGACUCCUCCAGUCCCCUCUUCGUCAUGCACCACGGCGCCGGCUCAUCCGGUCUAUCAUUCGCCGCAUGCGCCGGGGAGAUCCGCAAAAUCAUCCCCAAAGCCGGCAUCUUGUCCAUAGAUGCACGCGACCACGGCAGCACGGCAGUCACCCACGCCUCAGGCGAAGACGGGGACGAAGGCAUCGAGCUAGAUCUAAGCCUCGAGACGCUGAACCGAGACCUCGUAUUCGUGGUCCGCGAAACCCAGACCCGAAUGGGCUGGGAGAGUCUCCCCGAUCUGGUCCUUGUUGGCCAUAGUCUAGGUGGUGCGGUGAUCACGGAUGUAGCCAGACAGGGCGAGCUGGGAAGUAAAGUACUAGCAUAUGCAGUUUUGGAUGUUGUAGAGGGAUCCGCCAUGGACGCCCUCCAAAGCAUGGAAACCUAUCUCAUGACCCGUCCAUCGCGCUUCCCAUCCAUCAGUUCAGGGAUAGAAUGGCACACCCGCUCGCGCACAAUCCGCAACAAAAACUCCGCCCGCGUCUCCGUCCCCUCCCUCCUCUACGAAGACCCCAACUCCCCCGACCCCACCAAACCCUGGAUCUGGCGGACUAAUCUCUCCGCCACGAAACCCUUCUGGGAGAACUGGUUCGUCGGGCUAAGUCGCAAGUUCCUCGAUGCUCGUGGUGGGAAGUUACUCCUCCUAGCGGGGACGGAUCGUCUUGAUAAGGAGUUGAUGAUUGGGCAGAUGCAGGGUAAAUACCAACUACAAGUCCUGCCGGAAGCAGGCCAUUUCAUUCAGGAGGAUCAACCGGCAAAGACGGCGCAGAUUUUGGUAGAUUUUUAUAAGAGGAAUGAUCGCAGUGCGUUGGUUUUGCCGCCUAAGGUGGCGGAUUUGCAGGCUUCGGCGGCGAUGAAGAAGGGGGCUGGGAGCGGUACUGGUGCUGGUGCUGGUGCUGGUGCUGGGGGGUUGUUUAAGAAG